AUGGAAGAUUCGGAUGCGGUACCAGCUCCACCGCUGGUUUUGUGCCGGAUUUGUGAGCGUCAUUAUACUACGUGGUGGUUUGAGAGGCAUUCUGAGUUGUGCAUGAUUGAGCAUAGGGCGGCGAGCGAGCUGGAAGAGACUCAUGAAGCGGUUCUAGAGCAUCGAUUAGUGAUAACCGGGUUGCUAGGAGCGUUAGAACUGAGAAUGAAUUUUCAUGUGUUUGAUAGUCCAUUAACGCCGUCUGGCUCGACAUCGAGUUAUGGAUCUGUGACUGGAAGAAGUGGAAGCAGUAGUGGAAGCGGCAGUGGUAGUAUUGGACUUGGUCCUAGUGCCGGAGGUGGAAGUGGUAGUGGUGGUGUUCCGAGUCUGGAAUACAGAGGAUAUACUCUACAAUUACCGCUGUUCCCGUCGGAUUUGGUGUCUAAUAUUACAAGUAGCGGGCCAGGUGUUACGAAUAAUGCUGUGAAUAUUCCAAAUACUGGUGGCAGUGUUGGUAGUAUUGGCAGUUUACCGAGCAGUUUAGGAUCUCCAGGACCUGUUACAGUUGGUUCAGCUGGUAGUAUUCCGAUAAAUGGGUCACCUCCUAGAUCACCAAGGUUAGCAUCGUCUCCUCUGUCGUCGGGAUCGAACCGACGGGCCCUUCAAAGACCUGGAGCUAUUCCAAUUUCAGCGUCUUCAGUUCCUCAUCCGUUUAUGGGUAAACGAUCUCCUAUUCGAAUUAUGGAACUGCUGUUAGAUCUGUGUGAUGCUGCGAUGCAGAUUAAAAAUCCCGAGAUUAUUAUUGACGAGCACAAUGAAGAAGGUGAAAUAAGAGUUCAUGCACACAGAAGCGAGAUCAAGAUUUAUGAAGUGUUGAAUUGGAUGCCACCAUCGUCAAUUGAAGACCCCGGGUUGGCUCUGUUGUGUGACGAUACUAUGAAAUUUGCACGAGAAAAGGCAGCUGCUGCUUUGAGAAUGGGUAAUACGCUGCUCUACUCAGAGAAGAUUCGACGUGAGACUGAGUUGCAAGUCCAGCAAGUUAUACAAGAUAUUGGAGAGAAAGUAGCUACUGAAAGAGAUUACGAUGAUAGUAUGCUGGUGGAUUAUAAUAGUGAUAGUCGGAACAGCCAGGUGUUUUUUGAUUCGGAUCGCAGCAGCAGUGGUAGAGGAUUUAGAGAGAAUCGAUUGGGUGGGGUGGGAAGAAAAGGUAGUAAUGGUGGUGCUAGCACUGGAAGUAAUGCAGGUUCUGGAAUCUUUUCCAACGCAUAUUUGCAAGCCGAUGUUCUUCCUAACUCUGGUAAUGCUACUCCUCCAAGAGUGCCUAGAGAAAGCAAUAUUUCUCCAUAUCAACUUCCAGCACAACCCACGCCUACUUCGAUGUUGCAAAUGCAGCGACUGAAUUUAGAAGACAGUGAUUCUGGUGAACACCGAGAAUUAUCACCUUCUCCAUCAUCGUUUUCACCUUCAGCACCAGCUGCAGCGCCAGCUCAACCACCAGCUCCAGCACCAUCACAAAUCCCGUUGGCGACUCCUUCUGCUGCUUCGUCACCCUUGUCACAAAUAGCACAUCUGGCAACUGCAGCUCCUGCUUCACCAGCAGCAUUUACCACAGCACCAGCUGUCCAAGGACAGCCAUCGCAUAUUGCAUCACCAUCAAUGGCAGCUCCAAGACCAAUUGCACCUCUUUCAGGUAAUACCUUGACACCUAAACUGCUUUUAAACAUCAACACCAGUAUGGAACAUGAAGCUAUUAGCCCGACGAGACGGCUUUCGACUUCUGAUGGAGGGUAUGCUGGCUAUGGAUCUGCUUUUGGUUCGGGAAUUACUCCUACAAAUGUAGCGAAUAUCUCGUCUCCAGGUGGUGUUCUCCUGCGAGACAGGUUUGUUACCCGUUCACGAGGUAGUGGAGGUAGCAGCAUUGGAAGUCAUGGAUCGAUGGAUAUAAACUCUGAGGAUUUGCCAACUAACAUUGGUGAAUUGGAUCUUAAUAGUCCAGUACAUAGUGGUGGUACUUCUAGUGGUAGCAGUAGCAACACGGCAAGUGCCGGGCCCAUGAAAUUGUCUGCCCGUAAAAGUAUGACGAAUAUGUCGUCGGCAAGAUCGUUUGGAUCUCCUAUAACAAACUUGCAACGAACUAGAACAAGUGGAGGACCAGCUCCCGGACCGAUUCCAGCUGUUGCUUCGACAGUUUUGGCGAGCAACUCACCAUCGACUCCUGGCACCUCACCUUUACUCUUCCCGCGAGAUUUCGACCGCCAUCAUCACCGCCAGUCUUCUGCCGCUAGUGAUUUCACUAGAGCACCAGUCUCACCACUUUUAACUUCAACGGUACCACCAAUGAAGGUAUCUCAACCGAGUAUUCGAGAUUAUGAGAUUAUCAGUCCCAUUUCUAAAGGAGCAUUUGGUAGUGUGUAUUUGUCGAAGAAGAAGGUUACUGGGGAAUACUUUGCCAUAAAGGUCUUGAAAAAGGCUGAUAUGAUUGCAAAAAACCAGGUCAUGAAUGUUAAGAACGAACGAGCGAUUAUGAUGUCACAAGCAGACAGUCCGUAUGUAGCCAAACUAUUUGCUACUUUUCAAAGCAAAGAGUAUCUCUUUCUAGUUAUGGAGUAUUUGAACGGUGGAGAUUGUGCUGCUCUUGUUAAAGCUCUGAAUGGAGUCCCAGCAGACUGGUGCCAACAGUACAUUGCUGAAAUAGUGGUUAUCACGGAAAACCUGCAUCAACGAGGUAUUGUUCAUAGAGAUCUCAAGCCGGAUAAUCUCCUGAUUGAUAAUCGCGGCCAUCUCAAACUGUCAGACUUUGGUCUGUCUAGGAUGGGUGCUGUUGGUCGACAUACCAGGAUGAAAGAUGGUCAAACUAGUGCUCCACGUGGAGGUAGUGGGUCAAUGGGAACAGGAACUGCAACAGCAAGUGCCACAACAUCAACUGGUGGAACAGUUAUUGCUGCUGGUUCUGGUACAAGCACUGGUUCUGGCAAUGGUGGAACCAGCACGCCAUCAGGACUCGAGUCUCCAGCAGAUAUUAAUGCCUUGCUUGCAAGAUCCAGCGUGUUUGGGAGUAUUAAUAACAACGCCACUAAUGCAUUUGGCAUCACUCCAGGAAUCACAGGGGCUCAUGAGAAUAUUAGUUUAGUGCCAGGAUAUUUCAACUACGCACGGUCAGCAUCGUCGUCAUAUUUCUACGACCACAAGUCCAAUGUUCGUACCGAUUCAUCAGAUAGCGAAAGAGCUCGAGACCAUAACUCACCCACACCAGAUCCUUCUGGUAAGAACAGUACCAAUAGCUCCAUGGCAGUUGACGAGACUAGUACCACUACAAAUGUAUCACAAGUGGUCAAGUCGUCAUCUCGAACAUCGUCAAGCAGUGGGUCAACCCCACGAGUGGUACUAUACGAUCCAGAUGACACUUCGAGCAGGAGAUUUGUAGGUACUCCAGAUUAUCUUGCACCAGAAACUAUUCAAGGUAAUGGUCAAGAUGAAAUGAGUGACUGGUGGUCGGUUGGAUGUAUUAUCUUUGAGUUCUGGUAUGGAUAUCCUCCAUUUCAUGCUGACAGCCCGGAAAAGGUAUUCAGAAACAUUCUUGCGAGAAAUAUUCAGUGGCCAUCUGAGCUUCUUGAAGAUAAACCAGGAACUGAUUUGGCAAAUGACCUUAUCAGCAAACUGUUGGCUGUCGACCAAAAACAGCGACUCGGAGCUAAUGGCGUGGAUGAGAUCCGACAACAUCCAUUCUUUUCAAAAGACCUUGAUUGGGAUCAUUUGUAUGAUGAUGACCAGGCUGUAUUUGUUCCUGCUGUCGACAACCCUGAGAGUACAGACUAUUUUGACUCUCGCGGUGCAGUGAUGACAGAGUUCCCCGACGAUUCAGCAGUAGCUGGUGACGACGAUAACUCUAUGGCUAUUGAAAGCGACAGCAGUGAUAAUAACUCGUCGAAACAGACAGGCACAUCGCCUCUAUCCACGAAGAAAGAACCUCGUAUGAAGAUGCUACCAUUGCACAUUCCACCGCAUGUUCACGAUUCGACACGAAUUCGCCGAUUAAGUGAGCCAUCUUUGGCAGACGACUUUGGUUCGUUUUCGUUUAAGAACUUACCUGUUCUGGAAAAAGCUAACAAAGAAGUGAUAUCGAAAAUCAAGAGUGAGACUGAAAGUGGAAGGCAACGUGGACUGUCGGUGUCAGCAAAAGGGUCACCGACUUCUAGCAAAGUGAUUACCCCUGCCUGGUGUUCACCUGGCCAGCCAAGCUCGUCGUCUCCAGGAACAUUCCCUAAUACGAGCACUAGUGGAACUCAUGGCAGCAGCAUGUCAUCAUCCAUCUCGAACAUUGCAACCCAUACUGGCAGUGUCGCUUCGUCUACAUCAGAUGAUAUAUUUGCCGACAGCGAAUCUCCAUCACGACGACUCCAGCAAGACCUUCAUCUGUCGAUUUCCAGUAUUGGUAGUAAAGGAGGAGACCUUGACUCAGAAUCAGGGUCACCCCGCCAUAAACGCCAUAGCUCGUCUUACCGGAGACUGUCAAACAUGGAGUCGAGCCCUGAACUGGGCGAACAGUACCGCAAGCAGUCACUCGCCAGUGCCAGCCGCAAUUACCAGGUGUUUGACAUGUCACCAAGUAGUUCUGACAACGAAGACUCACGAGGAGCAGCAUUAUUACGUGUUCAAAAGAGACGUCAGUUAUCCCGUCGCAUGUCAAGCUUUGCACUUAAUGUCGAACCGAGUCCACGGGCUCUUGAUAUCCUAGUCUGCGACGGCAAUCCCGUGUGGAGAUACACCACCGAGAAGAUGCUAGUGAGUCUUGGAUGCCGAGUAGUGACCGUAGCUACAGGCGAAGAAGCCAUUCGACGGUCAGUAGGCGACGUCAUAUUCGACAUCAUCUUCGUGGAAUAUAAAAUAGGCAAAUGGUCUGGAGUAGACAUCACGCGACUGAUCCACUCGACACUGAACCCGAACAAAUCAACGCCCGUCGUAGUCAUGACAAACCUGAUCAAAGAAGCAGAAGAAACUGUCAAACAAGCACAAGAAGAGAACAAAACCGUGUUCUCUGCCGUCAUCGAGAAACCGCCAUCGGAACAAAAACUCGUGACGGCCCUCCAAAAGGUCGUCAACUGGCGACCCAAAGAGAGGAAGAAGUAA